UCAAUUAUUAUUGGAGCCAAUAAAUGCAUGACUCAGGCAAAUGAUUUUAAAAAACAUGUUUGUAAAGUUUUGACCAGAAAUGGUUCUAAUGGUAACAGAAAAAAUUUAUAUGCCUAUGGUUUGCAAAUGUUUCAUGAAGAUUUACAAAUCAAUGCUGCAGGUUUCUUCGUUAUUGAAAUAGGCCUCAUUUUUGCAAUGGUUUCAGCAACUGCUACUUAUGUGGUUAUCAUACUGCAAUUUUUGUACUCAGAAAAUCAGAAUUUGAAGAUCAAAAAUUUAGAAAUAUUCACAGAAUGA